AUGGGUCUCUUCGGACACAAGUCUACCGCCACCGAGCCAACCCCGGCUGCACCCAACACCACCAGCGCCGCCGCUCACUCCCGUCACCCUCGGCACUCGUCUUCUUCCUCCGACAGCUCUCCCAGACGAGGCGGCUUCUUCAACAAGCGCCGUGACUCGUCCCCCGACUACCACCACGACGGCCGCAGUCGCCUGUCGCACUCGGGCUCCACCUCGCGCGGCUCUGGCGGUGGUCUCUUCAGCCGGCACCACAACGAGGAUCCCAGCAUCAUCACCGCCCGCGAGAGAGUCGCCAGUGCGGAGGCGGCGGAAAAGGACGCCGACAGAGCCCUGAUGCAGGCUCGUACAGCAGUCAGGGAAGCCCGGGAACACGUCAAGAUGUUGGAGAGGGAAGCCGCUGAAGAGGCUCGUCUGGCCAAGAUCAAGCAGCAGAGUGCCAAGGACAUUGGAAAGAGAGCAAAGCCUCUUGGACGUGAGUUGAACCCUUGCCUUAUCUACCUGUAUCCUCGCGAAGUCUUUGCUGCUGCGAGCUCGAUGCCAGAAGUAUUGACGCUGACCUGA